AUGUCUGGUAUUUUAGUCAACGAAGGCGACCCCAAAUACCCCAAGCUCGAGGCCCCCUACAUCAAGCUCUACACUCUCGACACUCCCAAUGGCGUCAAGGUCUCUAUUCUCCUUGAGCUCUUGAAGUUGAAGUACUAUGUGCGCAAGAUAAACAUUGCCUCUGCUGAGCAGGAGCAGAAACAGGACUGGUUCAUCGAAUUGAAUCCCAAUGGCAGAAUUCCAGUGCUCAGCGACGUCAACGCUCAGGGCGAGAGAACAACCUUGAUGGAAAGCGCCUCUAUCUUGCUCUAUCUCAGCGAGAAGUACGACCAGAAGCACCAGUACUCGUUCAAACAUGGCACCAAGGAGUACUACGAGACUCUCCAGUGGCUCUUCUUCCAGAUGGGAGGCAUAGGCCCCAUGCAAGGUCAGGCCCACCACUUCUCCUUCUACGCCAAAGAAAAGAUUCCCUAUGGCAUCCAACGAUAUGUCGACGAGACCAAGAGGUUGUAUGGCGUCUUGGAGAUUGCCUUGAAGAAGAACAACACUGGCUACUUGGUUUCAGACCACCUCUCCAUUGCUGACAUUGUCUCCUUUGGCUGGGUCAGAGUUGGCACCAGACUCGACAUUGAUAUUGCAAAGGACUUUCCUGCUGUUUACCAGUGGCUCCAGGCCAUUGAGAAGCUUCCUGAGGUUCAAAGGGGAUUGACUGCCUCUGCUGAGUAUAACGAAAACGAAAUCAACGUCAGGAACUAG